AGAUUGUGGGGUUGUGUGAUUUUAUGGUGUUUGUGCAUUUUUAUAAUUUUUUUUAUCGGUAAUGUCGAUGUUGAACAACAAUAAUCAUUUGUUGAUAGCGAUAUAAACAUAAAUAUCGCAUUUCGAUUGUUUGUCCAUUUAAAUUGAUGGCCCGUAUGAAAAAUUAGUGAUGAUUAUCAACGCCACCGACUUUAAUUCAGCUUUAUUGUUAAUAAGAUAGUGAACAACUGCCAUAAUGGCAGACAGCCAAAGUCAAACAGUUGAAUAUCAAUGGGCCUAUUCCAUAAUGGACUCAAGCCGGGUAUCCACGUUUCUAAUUUCCAUGUUGCUCAUUGUUUAUGGCUCUUUUCGCAGUCUUAACAUGGAACAAGAAGCCAGAGAACGUGCGAAUGGUACAACAAACUCUUUACUGAAUCCUCCCCAAACUGUUCCAGUAGAGAACAAUGUUCAGACAUUAGAUACCAUGCAGGCAUUAUGUUUACCUUUGGGAGCAAGUGUCUCUUUGCUGGUUAUGUUUUUCUUCUUCGAUUCAAUGCAGAUGUUGUUUGCAAUAUGUACAGCUGUGAUAGCAACAGUUGCUCUUGCCUUUCUUCUUUUACCUAUGUGUCAGUAUAUUAUGGGUCCGUGUUCUGAUGGUAAGAAAAUUUCUUUCGGUAUGUGUGGAAGGUUUACUGCCGCUGAAUUGUUUUCGUUUACUUUGUCUGUGUUCAUCGUAUGCAUUUGGGUAUUGACAGGUCAUUGGUUGUUAAUGGAUGCAAUGGGCAUGGGACUGUGUGUAGCUUUUAUUGCCUUUGUGAGAUUACCUAGUUUAAAAGUGUCUACUUUACUUUUAACAGGAUUACUGAUUUAUGAUGUGUUUUGGGUUUUCUUUUCUUCAUAUAUUUUCAGUACUAAUGUAAUGGUUAAGGUCGCCACAAGACCUGCUGAAAAUCCUGUGGGAGUUGUAGCCAGGAAACUGCACAUUGGCGGAGUUGCCAAAGAAGCACCAAAAUUGAGCCUGCCAGGAAAAUUAGUUUUUCCAAGUAUUCACAAUUCAGGACAUUUUAGCAUGUUAGGUUUAGGAGAUAUCGUGAUGCCUGGUCUACUGUUGUGUUUUGUUUUGCGUUACGACGCUUACAGGAAAUCCCAAGGUUUAUCCGGUUCCAGACUGACUUAUUUCCAUUGUUCUCUCUUAGGAUAUUUUCUAGGCUUAUUAACAGCAACCGUCACUUCCGAACUGUUCAAAGCCGCCCAACCUGCUCUACUAUAUUUAGUACCGUUUACGUUACUACCAUUGCUAACCAUGGCGUACCUCAAGGGUGACUUACGGCGAAUGUGGUCAGAACCUUUUAAAUCAUUAGCUGUUUCUAAGCAUUUACAAGAUGUGUGAUAGAAUUUUUCGACUGUUAUAUUAACUACUGUUACUUCAAUUUUUGAUUAUAUUGAAUUUAAGAUAUAGUGUUUUACAAAAUGUUUUAGCGAAUUAAGAACAAAUUGAGAAAAAAAAACUUUAAAAGUGAAUGAUGUGAAAUUUAUCUACUAUCAUGUAUAUUAAAUUAUUAGCAUCUAUUGUCAAUUGAGAAAGUACAUAAUUAGGUAAAACGUUUUUAUUUGGGAAUAAGAUAAUUGUGUUGAAAAGACAUUUUGUUACUUUUUUUUUAUACAUUAAUUAUAGUUUUUUGCUUAUAACA